AUGGCGAGGGGUGGCGCGUGGGCCGCGGCGGCGGCGGUGUGGUGGAUGGCGGCGGGGGCCGGGGCGGUGUGGCUGGAGAUUGCGCCGUCAGGGACUAAGUGUGUGUCGGAGGAGAUCCAAUCCAACGUUGUCGUCAUCGGCGACUACUCCGUCCUCUACGAUCACCACCACGCCCACCCUACCAUCGCCGUCAAGGUUACAUCCCCUUUUGGAGACGUUGUUCAUAAGAAAGAAAAGGUUUCAAUGGAGCAAUUUGCAUUUACCACAGCAGAAGCAGGGAACUACCUUGCCUGCUUCUCGAUUGAUGGUGAGGACAGAGGGUUAGUGGUGAAACUAAAUCUUGAUUGGAAAAUUGGGAUAGCUACUAGAGACUGGGAUUCUGUUGCUAAAAAGGAAAAGAUCGAGGGAGUUGAACUGGAGUUACUAAAGCUUGAAGUUGCUGUCCAAUCAAUCCAUGAGAACCUGCUUCUUCUAAAAUCCAAAGAAGCUAACAUGAGGGAUGUUAGUGAAAAGACGAAUUCUAGGGUCACGUGGUUGAGCAUGCUCUCUCUUAGUGUUUGCAUUGCAGUCUCUGUUUUACAGUUGUGGCAUCUACAGCAGUACUUCCGAAAGAAGAAGCUCAUCUAA